AUGAAUUUCUCCCUCCCCCCCGACCUAAUCGACUACCUCCACCGCCUCGACACCUUCAUAGACGCCACGAUUCUCCCCCUCCAAUCCCGCGACGACAACGUCCGCUUCUUCGACCACCGCCGCGAGCACGCCCGCACCGACUGGGACGCCGGCGGCCUCCCCCGCAAAGAAUGGGAGGACCUACUCAUGUCGUGCACGCGUCUCGCCGACGCGGCCGGCUUCUGGCGCUUCUCGCUGCCCCGCGAACACGGCGGCCAGAACGACAGCUCGGGCCGCGGCAGCAAUCUGUGGAUGGCUGUGAUACGGGAGCACCUCGCCGCGAAGGGGCUGGGGCUGUUCAACGACCUGCAGAACGAGCAUAGCAUCGUCGGGAACUUUCCGGAUGUGGUGAUGCUGCAGCAUUUUGGGAGUGAGGCGCAGAAGAAGGAGUUGAUUAAGGGCAGGUUGGAGAAGAGGGUCAGGAUUACGUUUGGGCUUACGGAGCCGGGCCAUGGGAGCGAUGCGACGCAUAUGGAGACGAGAGCGGUGGCGGAAAAGAGGGACGGGGUCGAGGGUUACAGGAUUGAUGGGGCGAAGAAGUGGCAGACGGGGAUGCAUACCGCGACGCAUUGUUUUAUUUUUGCGAGGACGAGUGGGAGGGAUGGGAGUGUGACGGGUAUUAGCUGCUUCAUUGUGCCGCGGGAUACGCCUGGGCUGGAGGUGGAGAGUUAUGAAUGGACGCUCAACAUGCCCACCGACCACGCAACCGUCUCCAUCAACAACGUCUGGGUGCCCUCCACCGCGCUCCUCGGCCCCCUCGACCACGGCCUCGCCGUCGCCCAAGCCUUCGUGCACGAGAACCGCAUCCGGCAAGCAGCCUCCUCGCUCGGCGCAGCCGUCUUCUGCAUCCAGUCCUCCGUCGCCUACGCCAACAAGCGCAAGCCCUUCGGCACGCCGCUCUCCCACAACCAAGGCAUCCAGUUCCCGCUGGUCGAGCUGCACACGCAAGCCUGCAUGCUGCGGCUGCUGAUACGUGAGACAGCAACACUGAUGGACGGCAUGCCGCACGUCGAGGUCGAGAAGCGGCUCGGGAAUAAGGUCAGCAUGUGCAAUUACUGGGCGAACCGGCUGUGCACGGAGGCGGCGGACAGGGCGAUUCAGGUCCAUGGCGGCAUGGGCUAUUCGAGGCAUAUGCCGUUUGAGCACAUAUGGAGGCAUCAUCGUAGGUAUAGGAUUACGGAGGGCAGCGAGGAGAUCCAGAUGAGGAAGGUUGCCGCGUAUCUUUUUGGCUUUGGCGGUCGGAAAACUGAGAGUCAGGGUAUCGAGGGCGCGAGGGGGACGAAGGAGAGCAAGCUGUAA